GCUGGAAGGAGGCAGGGCUGGGACGUGUUAUAAAGGGUGCCCCAGCCCCUGUUCAUCUCAGCACUCCACCAAAGCCUCUACCUCAGCCCUACUUGGAAUCUUUCUGACCUGCAGUACCUUCUAAGAUGUCCCAACAGCACACACUGCCAGUGACUCUGCCCCCUGCCCUCAGUCAGGAGCUGCUUGGGACUCUUUCUCCUCCAGCUGCUGCCCAGCAGGAGCAAAGAAAGCAGCCAACUCCACUGCCUGCCAUGUGCCAGAAGGUAGGCUCCAAGCUCCCUGGAGAGGUCCCCUCAAAGCAUGAGGAGAAAGACACAGCUCCUGUAAAAGGGGUGCUUGAGCGAGAAUGUGGGCAGCUGCUGCCGCAGGCACCACAGGAGCCUGAGCUGCAUCUGAUGAAGCAGCAGGACCCACAGGAGCCUGAGCUGCACCUGGGAAAACAACGAGAGCCAGAGGGGCCGGAACCGCAUGUGGGCAACGAGCAGCAGCGUCAGGAACCUCAGGACCCGGAGCUGCAUCUGGGCAAGCAGCAGCAGCAGGAGGCACUGGAACAGGAACUGUAUCCUGGAAAACAGCAGGAGCCCCAGGAUCCGGAGCUGCAGCUGGGCAAGCAGCAGCAGCAGGAGUCACAGGAGCAGGGACUGUGUCUGGUAAAACAGCAGGAGCCCCGGGAAUCUCAGGAGCAGAGACUGCACCUGGGGAAAGAGCAGGUGUCUCAGGAGCAGGAACUGCAGCAACAGCACCAGGAACAGCACAAGGAACAUCAGAAAGCAGAAGACCUGGGGCAACAGUGUGGGCGGGAGAAAGCACAAAGGGAACAGCAGCUGGAGGAGCAGCUGGACGAAGGGAAGACGCUCCUGGACCAGCAACUGGAUCAAGAGGCAGUGAAGAGAGAUGAACAACUGGGAAUGAAGAAGGAGCAGCUGCUGGACCCCCUGGGGCAGCAGGAGGGACAGCUGGAGAAGCCUGUGUUUGUCCCAGCUCCUGGCCAGGUUCAGGACAUCCAGCCAGCCCAGACUGCAAAGGGAGAAGCCCUGCUCCCUCCAGAGCAGCCACAGGAGCCAGAGGAGUAGGGGCUGCUCAGAUGUAAGUAGCCAGCCCAGCCUCCAGAGGACCUCGGACCACUCCACACAAGGGAAGAGAAAGCCAUGGGUCCACUUACCUCAGGUCCCCUGGGGGGCCUGCUUCAUCUGUGAACUGGACUUUGUCCCUCCAAUAUCUCUCUGAUGGGGUGAGGGGGGAACAGGAAGUUACUGCACAGCACCCCCGCCCACCACCCACCCCCAAUAAGCCCAUCCCAACCUGAGCUGAGCAGAGCCUCUGCCUGAGGGACUGUUGGGACUAUGGUAACUGCCUUCACCCCAGGACCAUGGCUGAAUCAGCAAUGAUAGAUAAUAAAUUCUGGAAGUCCUUGGA